AGCAAUCCACGACCAACAGGAGGAGACUCUCGGAGAAGGAUCAGUUUGCCACUUUACGCGCUGAGAUGAGGGGCUUCACUCUGAAUAACGUUUGCCAGUCUGGCUUGUUUACGUAUAUUGUCUUGUUUUCCUUCAUAUCUUUUACGGAUGCAGUCAGUUUCGACCUGACUGAGCUCAGGAAUAAAGUAGCAAAAAUUAAAGUGAAUCCAAGAGGCAAUCUUUGGGCUACAGGACACUUCAUGGGGAAGAAGAGUGUGAUGGAUGCCCCCCUGAUGCCUUCAGCGGAGGGGCAGGGGCACGAUGCGCUGGAAGUCUCCUUUCCGGGGGAGCAGAGCGCGAUCGAGGAGCUUUUCCAACAGUUCCUGCGGGUGGCGUUACAAACGCAGGUGGACACGCAGGAGAGCCGCUCGAAAAACCAGGAGGCGGACUUGUUGAUGAAGAUUUUAGAAAGCUACAUCCAAAGCAGAAAGUGAUACAGGAGAAGAAAAGUGUUGCACGCAUGAACAUCCUGAGCUCCACUGUUAAAAUAAAUGCAUUAGACAACAGAAUAUACAGUCUCCUGCUCAUCAUGAUUGUAAUUCACUGUAUCAACAUCACUUCUACUUCUGCAGCUCAUUUGCAAUACAAGUAAAUGUCAUUUAUUUUCACUUGAUUUUGAAGAGGAAAUUUCACAUUAUCUCGUCGUUAAAGAAUAUUUAUACUGAAUAAAGGUAUUAUUUGCACUGCUGUGACCUUGAUCUGUGAUGCAUUAUAGAUAACUGUCUGCUUGCGUCGAGGAAACAUUCAUAAUUUCAUUGUGUCCUGGAUUAUUCUAAUCAUCUAGAAAAUAUUCAUGCAGGACAAUGGAGAAUGCAGAAGACAAAAACUAGAAAAUCCCACAGCCCAGCCGCUCUUUAAAUAAGAUAGAUGGCUCCUUGAAUUUAAUUCUGGCCCCUCAAAGAUAUGUCAACUAGUUCAUCGUUAAGCUUAACAUUGAGUCACCCCCUCUGUUUUCUCCACACGAGUUUUACAGCCAUUAUUUAUAGGUCUCCCACUGACAAUCAACUGAUAACUUAGCCGGAUUGUUUGGCUGAAAAAACAUUUCCAAAGUAACACUUAUAUAAACACACGCGUGGGCAGCUUAUAUGAAUCACACUGUCUGAACAUUUGGACAUGAAAUCGAUAUUAUCUUUUCUACUUUGCUUGUCCUGCACAUGAAGGGAUGAUCUGUUCUCUCGAUCGAUAUAGUGGUGAAGUGAGAUGCCUCAUGCAGCUACAUUUCCCCGGGCCAAUCUAUUGAGUCGGUAGGGUAUACAGCUAUUUUCACUUCUGCUCCCACAGUACCUUGUCUGCUGCGUCGUGUCAUUUUUAAGUUGGAGAAGGUGGGAAUGGUGAGUGAUGUUUGCCAAGCCAGUACUUCAUCUAUGCAGGUGAGAGAGGUGCGUGUGGUGUAGUGUUGACAUUUGCCUAUCUUCAUAAUUUUGGCCCAGUGACAAGAAUAAUAAAACAAAGAAGACAGUUGUAUCGGUUGUCACUUUAAAGCAGCCUGACACAAUAGUCCUGUCAUAAAUCCAUGAAGGUUAUGUUCAACUUAUGUUGAAACUGCUUUGGAAAAAUAUUGAAUUGUGUGGUCAUUUUGGAGAAUGUACUUUUGUGUUACAAUAAGGUGUUUGUAAUAUUGUUUCCACUCCUAUUGUAACGAUCGUGGUCAUUGCAUCCAUCUAACUCCACACCGUUGUAUAAGGAUGGAGGAAUUUCUGGUGAAGGCUCUCCAAAUAAACGGAAAUGUAAAGCUAAGGGACGCGAUCAUUUCCA